AUGGCUGGCAAGAAGGGAGCAGGUGAGAAUAGCAAAAAGGCUGCCGGGAACGCCCGUAAGGCCGAUGCUGCUGCACAGAAGGCCGCUGCCGAGGACGCGAAGAGGGCUGCCGUUGAAGACGCUGACUGGGGCAAGGGCGCCAAGGGAGCUGGAAAGAAGGAAGCGGAAGCCGCCAAGAAGGCAGAAGCAGCCAGAAAGAAGGCCGAGAAGGAUGCGCUCCUGAAAGAGGAGGAGGCCAACACCCCCGGGCGGACUGGACCCAAGAACAACAAGACGGCCGUCAAGAAAACACGUGGGCUCGAUCUGUCACAGUUGGACGGCGAUCAGAGCGGAGGCUCGCUUGCCGCGCUCAACGCCACCGGUAUCGACAACGCCCUCGACGCCCUCUCCCUCACAGGCUCCGACAACAACGCAAAGAUUGACCGCCACCCCGAGCGACGUUUCAAGGCGGCGUACGCAGCAUUCGAGGAGCGUCGGCUCAAGGAGAUGGAGGACGACGGCUCGGGCCAGGGCCUGCGUCAGCAGCAGAAGAAGGACAAGAUUAGAAAGGAGUUUGAGAAGAGCCCGGAGAACCCCUUCAACCAGGUGAACGCGAGAUUCGACAGUACCAGGGAGGAGUUGGCCGAGAUCAAGGCGAAGGAGAAGGGCAAGAUCGAGGCCCGCCUCGGGAAAUAA